AUGGUGGGCUCCACCCACUCGCUCACGCAUGCGCACAAUGAGAGAGAGAGAGAGAGAGUUGAAAGUGAACUUUGGUCAGUUUGUAUUGCAGCUGUGAAAGAUUUCUCUAACAGUUUCCUGAUCAAACGCGGCUGCUGCAGUGUUUCGGCGAGCAGGAUGUCGGUAACAGAGGGCAGAGUGAGUGUGGGGAUGUGCAGUGAGCCGCUGUUUUAUCGCCAGGCUCUUCCCGCAGCUGGAGAGCGGAAGCUGUGCGUUCUGCUGCUGCACGGGAUCCGCUUCUCCUCACACAACUGGCUCAGUAUCGGCUCUCUCAGCGCUCUGGCUGCAGCUGGAUUCCGGGCCUUGGCGAUCGACCUGCCAGGCCUGGGCGAGUCAAAAGCAGCAAAGGCCCCUGCAGUUGUGGGUGAGCCAGCUCCUGCCGAGUUUCUGAAGCAGGUGUGUGACGGCUUGAACACCGGGCCUGUAGUGUUGAUCAGCCCCUCUCUCAGUGGCAUGUAUUCGCUGCCCUUUCUCUUCCAGCACUCUGAGCUGUUGAAAGCCUAUAUUCCCGUAGCUCCCAUCUGCACGGAGAAGUUCACAGCCGAACAGUAUAAGGCUGUACAGGUCCCCACUCUUAUUGUGUAUGGAGAUCAGGACACACAGUUGGGGGAAGUGUCACUAAACAACCUAAAGAAUCUGCCCAAUCACAAGGUGGUGGUAAUGCAGGGGGCCGGGCAUCCCUGUUACCUUGACGACCCGGUGACUUGGCAUAAAGUUGUUCUUGAGUUUUUGCACACACUAUUGUAAUCUAAAGACUCUUUGAAACCACAUCACUUUUAACUCUGGAGUUAUUACACAGUGAUUACUUUGAUUUCUAUUAAUGAUCAAAAGGUAUGUUUAGUUUCAUCCCAAUUUAGUUCGUACCCAUUCCUAUCUCAUUAGCUAGGUCUCCCUCUGUCGUAUUACAGCUAUCGGUACAGAAUAGCAAUGGGUUAGGCCUGAACUUAGAGAGUACAAAAUCCCCUGCUUAAGUCAACACACAGACCCUUAUAAUUGGUAUCAAACUAAUUGGCAGAGGGAGAAAGAAAUUGGCCAUCGUUUCACCUAAUCAGGGAGGAAUUAUGGCCAUGGCUUUGUCAUUUUGGACCUAAUGAUUGAAAAAAAUCUUACACAGUUGCACCCCAUUUGGAUAUUUUAUAAUGCACACAGUAUAAAAACAUUUGAUUGCUUCAUUGCCUCUGCUGACUUUGUUGGAGGAGGUCAUGUUUUUGCCCUUUUUUUUUUUUAACUCUUCCCACUGUAACUCAAAAAGUCGCAGACGGAUGUUGAUAAAACUUUGGAGAAAAGUGGGCCAUGGACCAAGGAACAAUUGAUUCGAUUUUGAUGAAAAUCUGGAUAUGUAUGUGGAUCCAGGAUUUUUUUUUUUUUUUGUCUGUUCCCAAUGUACCUCAAAAAGUAGUGAACAAAUUAUGAUGAAAUUUUGAGGACAGACGAGCCAUGGGCCAAAGAACAAUUGAUAAGAUUUUGAGGCAAAUCUGGAUAUGUGGCUAGACAGAGGUACAGUGGUGCUUGAAAGUUUGUGGACCCUUUAGAAUUUUCUAUAUUUCUGCAUAAAUAUGACCUAAAACAUCAUCAGAUUUUCACACAAGUCCUAAAAGUGGAUAAAGAGAACCCAGUUAAACAAAUGAGACAAAAUAUUAAACUUGGUCAUUUAUUUAUUGAGGAAAAUGAUCCAAUAUUACAUGUCUGUAAGUGGCAAAAGUAUGUGAACCUUUGCUUUCAGUAUCUGGUGUGACCCCCUUGUGCAACAAUAACUGCAUCUAAACGUUUCCGGUAACUGUUGAUCAGUCCUGCACACCGGCUUGGAGGAAUUUUAGCCCAUUCCUCCGUACAGAACAGCUUCAGCUCUGGGAUGUUGGUGGGUUUCCUCACAUGUUCCUCACAUUGUCCUUACACAACAUUUUGAUUGGAUUAAGGUCAGGACUCUGACUUGGCCAUUCCAAAACAUGAACUUUAUUCUUCUUUAACCAUUCUUUGGUAGAACGACUUGUGUGCUUAGGGUCAUUGUCUUGCUCCAUGACCCACCUUCUCUUGAGAUUCAGUUAAUGGACAGAUGUCCUGACAUUUUCCUUUAGAAUUCGAUGGCAUAAAUCAGAAUUCAUUGUUCCAUCAAUAAUGGCAAGCCGUCCUGGCCCAGAUGCAGCAAAACAGGCCCAAACUACCACCACCAUGUUUCACAUUCUUUCACAUUCAUGUUUAUCAUACUACCACCACCAUGUUUCACAUUCUUAUGCGGGAAUGCAGUAUUUUCCUUUCUCCAAACAUAACACUUCUCAUAUAAAUCAAAAAGUUGUUGUAUUUUUGUCUCAUCCAUCCACAAAACAUUUUUCCAAUAGCCUUCUGGCUUGUCCACGUGAUCUUUAGCAAACUGCAGACGAGCAGCAACACUCUUUUUGGAGAGCAGUGGCUUUCUCCUUGCAACCCUGCUAUGCACACCAUUUGUUGUUCAGUGUUCUCCUGAUGGUGGACUCAUGAACAUUAACAUUAGCCAAUGUGAGAGGGGCCUUCAGUUGCUUAGAAGUUACCCUGGGGUCCUUUGUGACCUUGCAGACUAUUACACGCCUUGCUCUUGGAGUGAUCUUUGUUGGUCGACCACUCCUGGGGAGGGUAACAAUGGUCUUGAAUUUCCUCCAUUUGUACACAAUCUGUCUGACUGUGGAUUGGUGGAGUCCAAACUCUUUAGAGAUGGUUUUGUAGCCUUUUCCAGCCUGAUGAGCAUCAACAAUGCUUUUUCUGAGGUCCUCAGAAAUCUCCUUUGUUCGUGCCAUGAUACACUUCCAUAAACAUGUGUUGUGAAGAUCAGACUUUGAUAGAUCCCUGAUCUUUAAAUAAAACACCUGAUUGAAAACACCUGACUCUGAUUUCACCUUCAAAUUAACUGCUAAUCCUAGAGGUUCGCAUACUUUUGCCACUCACAGAUAUGUAAUAUUGGAUCAUUUUCCUCAAUAAAUA